UCCCCUCAGGUUCCUGCCACUGUGUUUUUCUUCCCAGUCCUGGACAGCACACACGCACACACUCACAUACACACACCUUCUUUUCCCUGAUAAUCCACCAUCCUGGGCUGAGAAGUGGUUUUGAAGGAACUGCUGGGACUUUUGAUUCUUGAAGAGAACAGAGCUAAUAGCGACCCUUUGACAUGGCUAAAUACUUCUCCAUCCUUAAAAGCUGGGUCCUGUUGGAGACGCUGUGCUUGGCCCUAGCUCAAGUGACAGGUCCACCCGGACCUCAAGGCCCCCCUGGCCCCGCUGGAAUUCCUGGUACAGACGGCAUUGAUGGUGAAAAGGGUCCUCCUGGCCCACCUGGCCCAGCAGGUCAAAAAGGAGAGCCUGGUGAGCCUGGCCCUAAUGGACUUCCAGGGGAGGAUGGUAUUGAUGGUUUGAUUGGAGCUAAGGGUGAAAGGGGCCCUCGUGGUAAUCCUGGACCAAAGGGUAAGACAGGACCUACUGGGCCUCUAGGACGACCUGGGCCAGGACUGCCUGGACUUGCAGGAGCACCAGGCACCAUUGGGCUUCCUGGACAAAUUGGGCCUACUGGGCCAAAGGGAGUUUUGGGAAGUGCUGGACCUCCAGGAUUACCGGGACCACCAGGCAAGCCUGGUCAACCAGGAAAGUUUUUGGUUGUAGAGGAAGGCAGUGCUGACUUCCAGUGUCCUACCAACUGUCCACCUGGGCCAAAGGGUCCUCAGGGACUACAUGGAGUGAAGGGACAUAAGGGACGUGUUGGUGUAUUGGGAGAUGCAGGAAACAUUGGAAAACUGGGUUCAAAGGGAGAUGUCGGUAUAUCUGGGGAACAAGGAAUACCAGGCCCUCCAGGACCACAGGGUUUGAGAGGGUAUCCAGGAAUGGUGGGGCUCAAAGGCGAGACAGGACCCAGUGGUUAUAAAGGCAUUUCUGGACCAAUUGGUAUCCCUGGACGCCCUGGAGAAGAAGGACCCCAAGGACCACCUGGAGAGCCUGGUGAUAAAGGUGACAUGGGCGAACGUGGUAUAAGAGGGCCUCAGGGAGUGGUUGGAAAGAAGGGAGAGAAUGGUCUUCCAGGAAUUGAUGGAAAAGAUGGCACACCUGGCAUCCCAGGGAUAAAGGGUGCUUCAGGACAGAAUGGAAGACCAGGUGCUCCUGGUCACCAGGGAGAUCCAGGUUUGCCUGGAAUCCCAGGAGCCAAAGGUGAAUUGGGAGUUAAGGGUGAGCCAGGGCCCAGAGGCUUGAUGGGAAUGCAAGGUGCUCCAGGACCUCAGGGAGAGCCAGGUCCUCCAGGUGAAGCUGGCAUGGAGGGAGUUCCUGGGCCAAAGGGUGACAGGGGAGAGAGAGGACCAGUUGGGCUUCUUGGUGUUGUUGGCUUGCCUGGAAGUAAGGGAGAAAGAGGUCCUAUGGGUGUGCCAGGGGCUCAAGGUCUAACAGGAACAAAGGGUGACGGGGGAUUUCAAGGCAACGUGGGAGCAAAGGGAGACAUUGGUGAUUCUGGUGUAGAGGGAUUGGCUGGAGAGAAAGGAGAGAAGGGACAGUCUGGUGAGCCUGGCCCUAAGGGACAGCAAGGUGUGACUGGUGAUCAAGGGAGCAAUGGCCCUACUGGAGAUCCUGGUAAACCAGGAGACCAGGGUCCCGAAGGCCUACCUGGUCCACGUGGCCUUACUGGAGAAAGAGGCGUUCCAGGAAUGCCUGGAAUACAGGGACCGGCUGGCCGCGAUACUUCAGACCAGCACAUCGUUGAAGUGGUCCUGAAAAUGCUUCAAGAGAAGUUAGCUGCUGUUGCGAUUAGUGCUAAUAGAGCGGUGCUGGGUGGAGCAGGUGUCAUGGGACCUCCAGGUCCUCCAGGACCACCAGGUGCUCCAGGACCUCAGGGUCCUCAUGGACUAACAGGCGCCCGUGGCAUUCCUGGCAUGAUUGGGGGCCCAGGCCAGAUAGGCAACACUGGCUUUAAAGGGAAGAGGGGUACAAAGGGAGAGAGAGGAGAUCCUGGUCGACCACACCCAGGUUCACCAGGACCAUCUGGACUGCAAGGUCCUCCAGGUCUUGAUGGUGUUGCCCACAACGGUAAGCCAGGCGAGACAGGACAACAGGGUGCAGCGGGUGAGGCUGGCCACCCUGGCAAAGCAGGUCCUCCUGGUCUACCUGGGUAUUGUGAAGCAGCUGCAUGUUUGGCAGCCUCUGUCUACACUUCUCCUAGACUACAAGAGGCAGGCACAGUGAAGGGGCCAUCCAAUUAAAUCAAGCCAUCUUCUGGGGCAUAAGAACAUCUGGGGAAAAAAGAAGGGAGGAUAUAUAGUGGAAGGCAUGGAAAGAUGGGCACACGGGCCUUCUCUUCAUUGCACACCAUUGUGAGGGGGAAGCGAACAGUUGUUGCCUGGCAUUGUAAUUUAUGUAUGUAUUAGGACUGUAUGUGUAUCAUUUAAUGUCAUCCACGGGAGGCAAGUUUUAUGUUGGCAUCAACAAGUGCCCUGGACUAGAAAACUGUGAGACUGACUUUCAAACAAAGGUGCUGUUUUUUUUUUUGUUUUGUUUUUUAUAUUAUUAUUCUUAUAAUUUUAUUCAUCUGAUCCAAAUGUCAAAAUGAUGAAGGAUAUCAAAGCAGAAAGAAAUUAUCUUAUUAUUGAAACAAUAAAAAACCAUUUAAAGCUAGUCUACACCCUUCAUUACCAGAUUAAAAUACCUUAAGUAAACAGCUUUCCCAGGUUGACUUGAUACCUCAUGUGUACAUUAUGUCCCAGUUUGAACUGCAUCUGUCUCUGCCAUUAAACAAUGCCUUUGAUCUUUUUUUUCUUUCUAGGUGAGACAGAGCUAUGCUCUCAUUGACAUAUACUCUGGAUUCCAUGCUGUAAAUCUUUGUAAAUGUGUAUUAAUUUUGUAUGGACCGGGUGGGUUUAGAAUAUAAAACAGAGAUGCUAUGUUCAUGAAUUUAAUCAGCAUUCAGGACCAAUCACCAAACAGGUUUAAUGCUCAGACUUCAUGGUGAAUGACAAACCUGUAUGUCACUUUACCAAGUUGCUGUGUGUUAUGUACUUUGCCAAAACAAUAGAGGAGAACUGAUUAUCUUCAUUAACAAUUACUAUUUAUUGUUCUUUAUUUGGUUCGUCUGUAAACACUCAAGUUUUUGCCUGGUUGUUCAGAUUUACCCGACUCAAUAAAGCGGAACGUUUUAUAAAA